AUGUCCCUCUCCAAAUCCGAAACAGACAUUAUCCUCAACAAAGCCAACAUCGCCCUCGCCCGCAGCCAACGCCUCGUCGCAUCCUGGCUCCCCGUGCAGCAGACCGGCGCAGAGCAAGACCACAGCAAUGCGAAAACUGACGAGGAGCUUCAGCGCGAGGAAGAUGAGAUUUUCACGGCUGUGCCGGAGAGACUAGGUCUCGGAGCGCCCCUGCCUACGAAAGCCGCAGACGGGAGUUGGAACCGGACGGAGCUCGAUUCGAACGAUCAGCUGCGGAGGCAACUUCUGGGGAGGAAUUACAAAAAAGUCAUGGCGGAGAAGGCGCGGCAGAAGAAUGCAGAGUCUGUGGCUGGUUCUUCGACGACGAUCACGGCGAACUCUGCUUAUAGAGAAGGAGGGGCUCAGCGGCGGGGCGAACAUGAUGGUGCUGGUGCUGGCGAUGGCGAUGAUGAUGACGACGAUGAAGAAGAGGGCCGCACUGCGUCAAUUGGGAAGAAGAGCUUAUCGAAGAAGCGAAAGGUGAUAACGAGGGUUGAGCCUACGCGGACGGAGCAUGGCGGUGAUGAGUACAAAGAGAAUGGCGGUGAUGGCGGUGAUGAAGAUGGAGAAAAGGCAGCGUCGCAGCCGGCACCAAGAUCAAAAGGGAGGAAGAAGGCUACAAGUUUUCUGGAUGAAAUUCUUGCUGAACGGUCGAAGAAGCGGAGGAAGCAAUAA